UUUAUGGCGUUCAUUUUUUAUAGUCUUAUCAUUUUUGUGUUAUAUUUUCUUAAAUUUAAAGAAAAAUGUAGGCAAUUAUAAGUUUUAAUAACUUUCUUCUUUGUUUAUAUUUAAUUUGGAACCGACAACAAAUACUAAUUUAGUUAAAUUCGUUCAUGAUUUAUGUGUAAAACUUUUCCUUUUUCCCAAGGAACUACAUACAGGGACUAACUAGCAAAUAGCAAGUGUCGAGUGCAUUUCCCCUCGGAUACAAUAACACCAGUGUUAAAAGUUAUUUUUUUAAUGUGCUCAGUGAUUUAGUUUUUUAAGAAAUUAUAUAAAAACAAAGUAAUCAAACAUAUUUAUACAAAUGUAUAAGAACAAUACAAAUUAGCGCCAUAUAAAAACGCUGCAUAGUAAAAAUAAAGUUUUGGAAAAAAAUUGAUCAAAAUGGAGAACCUCAAAGUUCGGGAGGAUCUAUUCUCCAGUGUGAAAUACUAUAUAAGCGGCAAUCUGGAUGAUAAGGUUGAAUUGCUUUUAAAAACUGGUGGUGCUCAAUCAAGAUCGUACCUGAACGAAAUAGUUACCCAUCUAGUAUGUGGAAGCAAUUUUACCGAAGAAGAACUAGUUAUGGGAAUUGAUCUUUACAGCGUUACCCCUGUCACUGAAAAUUGGAUAAUUCACAGUGCAAAACUUGGUCGUCUCGCAUCAACAAAAGCAUUUGAUCCAAAUAAACCUCGAAUAUUUGCUGGUGUUCGAAUUACUUUAUCACAAAUCAUCCCAUCUGAUAGGCGUAAAUUAUAUGCCAUGCUGACAUUUCAUGGAGCUGAAGUGUGUCAAAACCUCAGCUCAAAAACCACACAUUUAAUUUGCGGAUCAGCAUCAGGAAAUGCAUAUCAAAAAGCCAAUGCCCUGCCAAAAGGAAAAAUAAAUAUUAUUUCGCCAGAUUGGGUUUUGGAUUGUAUAAACAAAAAUGAAAUUCUCCCAUGUGAUCCCUAUCAUCCCAGAUUGCUUAAGGUUGUAGAAAGACUUAAGGCCGUAAAAGCUUUACCUUCAACGGUAGCUUUACCUGGAGUAGCAGCGGCAGGAAGUGUCACACCGACAGUGGAAAAACCGUCAUUGACUUCCCUAGCGAAGAUAAUUGGAUUUGAUGAGAGUACAGAAAAGAAAGGAAAGCCAGUUUUAAACAAACAACAAUUGCAACAGCAACAACAACAGCAGCAGCAACAAAAACAACAAGCACUGCAGAAAACACAGCAAGAGCAAAAGCAAAAACAGGAAGAACAUCAAGAAAAACUUAAGCAACAGCAGAUUCAGCUUCAGCAGCAGCAACAACAACAAGAUAAAAUUAAACAAAUUCAACAGCAGCAGCAGUUACAACAGCAACAGCAACUCCAACAACAACAAUUACAACAGCAGCAACAACAACAACAGCUUCAACAACAACAACAGCAGCAACUACAACAACAACAAGAAUUACAAAAAGAACAAGAAGCUCAGCAGUUGUUACUGCAACAGCAAAAAAUUCAGCAAAUUAAACAGCAAUUAUUGCAAGAGCAAGACCAACAAAAGCUUCAACAACAACAGAUGGAGCAACAGCUUCUGCAACAAGAGAAAAUAAAGCUACAACAGCAGCAACAACAACAACAUCAACAACAGCAGCAGCAGCAGCAGCAACAACAACAACAUCAGCAGCAACAACAACAGCAGCAGCAAAUACUCCAGCAACAGUUACAUCAGCAGCUUGUUCAGAAGCAGCAAUCCCAACAACAACAACAGCAACUUCCAGCUCAAAAGCAACAGCAAUUACAAGCAAUUUCUAUCUCGCAACCUCAAUUGACAACUACUUCAUCUGGUUCUGUGCAAACAGUAUCAGCCUCUUCAUCGCCUGCCCAAAUAAUAAGGACAUUAUCUUCAGGAGGUCAAAACAACAUUAUCAUCACGACUAUUCCGAAUUCGCAAAUAGGCAACAACAAACAAGCCCAAGCUACGCAAUCACCAGUCAUAUUUGUACGCCCACGGUCUAUUGGACAAGGCAAAGGUCAAAAUGCACCAAAUGCCACUAUUCCUCAACCUCCCCAAAUCAUACUUCAACAAAAGAUUAUUCAACAGCCUAAUUCAGUUGCUGUUGAACAACAAAAUCAAGCACCACAGCAGGCUGUAACAUCUACACUCAACAAAUCUCCAGUCAAUGUUUCUCCUCAAAUUGUUAAUGUCCAAGUACAGCGAAAUCUUAAGAGUCCAUCCAUUCAGCAAAUGCAACAUUUGCAACAGCAACUACAACUGCAACAACAGCAAUCGCCUUCAAGUUCUGGGCCCCAAAUACAAUUAAUACAGCAACAAGUUUCCCAACAGAACCCGUCCGACCAACAGCAGCAAAUUCAGCCACAACAGAUCCAAACACAAGUUAUUCAACAGAAAAUUCAGGUACACCACCAGCUGCAACAACGAUUACAGCAACAAUUGCAAAUACAGCAGCAACAACAGCAGCAGCAAAUACAGCAGCAACAACAACAACAGCAGCAACAGCAACAACAACAACAGCAGCAACAGAUGGGGCAACAUCAACUGCAACAGCAACCACCUCCAUCAAGAACACCUCAACCUAUUACACCUCAGCCUCAAACACCACAGCAGCCACGAACUCCCCAAACGCCAACUGGUACACCUAGAACUCCACAACCGCAGCAAUGCACCACACCACUUCAACAGCCGCGCACUCCUCAACCACAACAAAACCAACCGCUUCAACAACCAAGGACGCCCCAAUCCAUAAGUGCACCACAUACUCCCCAACCACGGACCCCACAGCAAUCUCUUUCACAACCGUCUACACCGCAACCUCAAAUACAAUCGCCACAACACCAGUCCAUUGCAAUGUCGCCUCAGCCACAGCUCUCUCAACAGCCACAGGUACAGCAGCAGCAGCAACAAACACAACCACAAACUCAAUCAAUACCAAUGUCACCGCAAAUGCUACAACAACAUAUCCUUCGCCAGCAACAAAUUCUGCAGCAACAUCAACAGCUUUAUCAACAACAACAACAAAGUGGGCAGAGUCUGACACCACAUCAACAAAGCCUGCAACGUCAAAUUCAACACCAACAGGCACAACUCAUUCAACAACAACAAUCAUUGCAACAGCAAUUACAAUUGCAUCAACAGAACACGAGGAUGCAACAGAACCCUUCGCCCAGUGUCCACCAAACACCAUCUCCUCAGCCUCAGCUUCAAAGUCUGCUAUCAUCGCAAUCUCCUAGAGCUUUACAAUCUCCAGCUCCACAAAUGACACCACCUCCCCAGUCUCCACAACAACAAAUAGCGGUUCAACAUCAUCAGCUGAGACAGCAACUUCAAGGACGUCAGCAACAAGCAGGGCAACCCCACAGACAAAUGAUCGUUACUCAACAGCAAAUAAGUACACCUGCUGGCUCAGGAACAGGCGCACAACAGCAAUCGCUGCAACAACAAUUGCUUUCCUUUAGUCAACAACAACAGAAAGUGCAGCAGCAACAACAACUUCUUCAGCGAUCCCCACAACAUGGAAAUCCAUCAGUUUCAGUUCAGUCACAAACAAAACAGCUUAUCAUGACAAAACCGAUUGAUCCCACUGAUCCAGUGCAAGUUGCUCAAGUCUUAAGUAGAACAGCUCAAAGCCCUAUUCAUGAUUCACUUAUUCUUCGACAGCAAAUGGCACAACAGUUGCAAAAGCAACAACAACAGCAGCAACAGCAACAACAGCAGCAACAACAACAACAGCAACAACAACAGUCCCCACGUCAAUCACCACAUUCACAACAACAGCAGCAGCAACAACCACAACAACAAAUAGUCAUAAGCCAAGGCAAUAAUCAAAUAAUCACCCAAAGGCAUGUGAUAAACACAUCGACAGCUCAGGGGCAGCAAAUCAUUCAAAGCCAUAUGCUGAACAUGCACCAACAAAAACAACAACAGCUACUGUUGCAACAACAACAGCAACUGCUACAAAAGCAAAAUACAGGAAGUGUGACGCAUCAGGUGCAAUUUUCCCAGCAACCACAACAACAGCAACAAACACAAACACAACAACCCGGUUUGCAGCAACAAGUUCGAAUUAUACAGCAGCAAGGUCUUGGAGUAACCCAGCAAAUUGUACAGCAGACAUCAGUUACUGGUCAACACCAAUUGCAGCAACAACAACAAGUCGUAUCACAGCUUCAAUCACCAACUUACCAGCAACAAACGCAGCAGCCUCAACAAAUAAUUCAACAACAGGGGCAAACGGUUCAACAACAAAACUCCCAAUUGGUGCAACAAAUACAACAGCAGUUACCGCAACAACAAUUGCAACAGCAGCAGCAACAACAGAUAAAUGUAGGCUCUCAAACAAAUAGCAAACAAUUCCCUGCAAAAUUCAUCAUCAGCCAACAGCAAUUUAAUCAACUAACACCCCAGCAACAACAGCAAAUAUUACAAAAUCAAAAUCAAAAUGUAUUUUUCGUUAACCAAGGAAACUUGCAGCAGGUUCAACAGCAAGUCCAACAACAACAACAACCAAUUGGUCAACAACAACAAAUUCUGCAACAACAACUUCAACAAUCCCCACAGCAACAACAACUUCAACAAUUACAAAUCAAUAACCUCCAAACUUCUCACGGAACCAUAAAUCGAAUGCAACAACAAAAACCACCGCCACCAAUGUAUCCUCACACGCCAAACGUGACUGUCGGUCAGACUGAUAUGCAAAGUAAUUUAUUACAACAACAACAACUACAGCAACAAGUAAUUUUGAACUCACCACAACAUCGAAGCCAACAACAGCAGCAGCACACGAUAUCUCAACAACAACAGCCCCAGCAGCAGCAAAUAAUUAUUAACCAGCAGCAAAUUAUAAAUCCUCAACGUCUUCAAUAUCUGCAACAACAGCAACUUCUUCAAAAUAAACAGCAAUCCACUCAGCAGCAAAUUAUAAUUCAACAAACACAGCCCAGCUCAACUUCCAACCAGCCAACUAUAAUGCAAAGUCCACCACAACAAAUUCCACAAUCGCCACAGCAAAUUCAAUCUCCGGUACAGCAGCAAAUUCUCACAAAUCAAGGGCAAACAAUUGCCAUACAGAAUCAAAUGAUUCUGCAACAACAACAACAACAGCAACAACAACACAAACAACUUCAACUGCAACAACAACUAUUGCAGCAGCAAGGUGAUCCUCUAAUUGGCCAACAUCAGGUAACCCUCCAACCGCAACAGCAACAACAACAACAACAACCUCAGCAGCAACAACAAUCAACAACUCAAAUCAUUCAAACUCAGGUGACACCACAAACGCAAACCGUUCUCAUACAACAACAUCAACAAAAUCCUCAAACCAUUAUCAACCAGCAGCAAAUUCAACAGACUCCUCCUCCGCAAUCACCUCAGCAGCAAAUAAUCAUUCAACAACAAUCUCCACAACAACAACAACAGCACUGGAAUUCACAAAGUCCCCUCAAUGCUCAACAACAACAGCAACAACAGCAGCAGCAAGUAUUGCAAAUACAAUCGGGCCGCCAAACACCAAAUCCAGGUGCAGCACAACCGACUCAAUACAUUCGGACGGUACGGCCAGGUCAGUGGCCAACAACAGCAACUGCAGGAAUUCCAGGAACUCCACAAAGGCAAUUGAUUCAAUUGGAUGACAAGACACAUGCGCAUUUCAUGUCCUUAGAUCCUGUGAAGAAAGCCGAGUAUAUAGCAAAGUUGCAAAGCAAACAAAGAGUGAUGUUGAGACAAUCGGUUGCAUAUCAACCCCGCCCUGGAGCUCCCAAUGUAGUGGCGAAUAAUGUAAGUGCUCCACGACCAGCCGGAACAUCGCAUAUUAUAGUUCAAAGCCAAAUGCCAGCAGGCCUGAAUCACCAGCAACAGAUGCAGUGGUUGCAGCAGCAAGGAGCACGACAAGUUCUUGUAAGAACAGGUUCUGCUCCAGGCUUGAGUCCAUUAACUCAACAAUCUCAACAACCACCUCCACCAAGCACACCACAACCCCAAGCAACACAGCAACAAUUCAGUGUUGUCGACCCUAGUAAUGUUAACCAACAGAUGUUGUUGCAGCGACAACAGUUGCGUGUGCAGCAAAUUCAGUUGCAACAGAAUCAGCAACAAAAACCUCCGCAAAUGCAGCAAUCUCCAGUUCAAAUUAUACCUGCUACUGCUAAUGUUAUUGGCAAUUCAUUGCCCGAUCAACAAUUACAAGGACUACAAUCGCCUGUUGCUGUUGGCAGUGGUGGUCAAUCCAUGAUAACUACAAUUCAACAACAACAACAGCAGCAACAGCAACAGACUCUUGUUCUACCACAAGAUCCAGCUAACAGUUUACAAACGCAAAAUGCUGUACUACAAACUCAACAGCAACAAAUGAACCUCAAAACCAAGACUGCCUUAGCCAAUAUGCUAAGCAAUCGCUUAAGCAACAAUGGUGCCACAAUUGUCAACAAUGUUUCACAAAUUGUAUCUGUAGAUGCGAAUGCAUCCCCUAUGGUUCCAGUAUCACCCGUUGAACCAUCUGCAGCUGGUACUCUCCGUCUGAUGACCCAACAACGAAAUGCGGUUUUAAGUCAAGGUGUACCAGUGGCACGGUCACAGCAGGAGCUCCUUCUGCUACAGCAACAGCAGCAGCAACAACAGCAACAACAACAACAACAGCAACGACGAACUAUAACGCCAGCUAAUGCUCAAAUUGUAGGCGCAAAUGUUAUAACUUCGCCCCAACAAAAUGCUGCAAUGAUGCCUGGGGCGCAAUUUGUACAAACUAGAACUCCACUGCCACCCAGACCACAGUUCUAUGGCCACAAUCCUAACCUUAAACUGCCGCCGAAUUUAUUCCUACUAGGAUGUCAUUUCCAUAUAGUAGAAUAUGAUAAGACUGACGAAGAAGAUUUACCAGAUUGGAUUGAAGCCAUAAAACAUUUUGGUGGCGAAGUCGAAACCGCCUAUGGACCUCGAGUAACGCAUGUUCUGUGCCGCACUCAACGGCAUGGAGUUGUGAUGCAAGCAAUACGUGAUUCUAAACGCUGUAUAACAGCUUUUUGGCUUAGUGAUACAUGUUUAAAAAAGCAAAUGCAACCUCCAUGGCAGUGUCUUCAUUUACCUUUUCCCAGCAUAUACGGCAUACAAAAGCCAUUAGAAAAACAUAUAAUUACUGUGAGUGGUUUUGAUGAUGAGGAUGAGAUACGGCUGCAAAAUAUGCUCGAAGAAACAGGUGCCCUAUACACUUCAUAUUUGUCACCAAUGAAUACUGUACUUAUUUGCCGCUACGCUGAUGGUGAAAAGUACAACAAAGCAAAGGAAUGGCAAAUACCAAUUGUAAACUCGUUGUGGCUUAGCGAUAUUGUUAUUGGAAAUUUGAGUGGAUUACAUCAAUAUGAGAAUCAAAAGUAUCAACAAUAUAAUUUGACUUCACCAUUUAGAAUUGAUUAUAUGCUUGUUGGUCAUUUGAUGGCACCAUGGAAGGCACCAAUUAAUCUUACUCAAGAGGCUCACGAACGAGUUAAACGAUCAGCCUCCGAGUCUCCGUACGAGUCACGUACCAAAAGACAGAAAGUAUCCGAAUUUCAAGAGGAUAUACCUGAAAACGUAAUCUGCAUGGAAUAUCCUGACAUGGAUAAACCUCCUCGGAUAAUGUUUUCGCAGGUUCUAUAUAUUGAUCGCCUGACAAAGGCAGUUCUUUCUCUUGGAGGCUUAGUUGUGGAAGAUCCAGCAGAAGCAAAUUAUUUGGUAAUGACACGAGAGGCACGUACUUGCAAGCUAAUACAUGCAAUUUGUCAUGUAGACUAUAUUCUUAAGAGCACAUGGCUGGAAGAUAGUGCUAAAUCUGGUAAAUUUCUUUCGCCAGAAAAGUAUAAAAUUCAAUAUAUUGAAGUUGACGAAAACAUGAAAAUACCUUUGGAGAAAUCACUCAUGUCAACCCAACGCCGGUCGUUGUUUUCUAAUAAAUACUUUUAUGUAACUCCCGAUGUUUUUCCACCAAGAAGUGAAAUUGUGCGUAUGAUUGUUAGUUCGGGUGGAAAAGUUGAAGAAAGUCGACGAACUGUGAAACAAAUCAAUGAAACAUGCGCUGAAUCACCUGAUAACUAUAUAAUUAUAACCUGUCCGCAAGAUUUGCCACUUUUAGUUGACAUAAUGAGACAAGGUAAACCCAAAUGCUGGAUACUAACAACGGAAUUUGUUCUGAGCUCAAUAUUGAAACAAGAAGUCGAUUAUAAAACCAAUGUUAUGCCUUACGUCUACAAUAACAAUUAUGUUGCACCUGAGAAAGCACACUCUGGGGGAGGAAAAGGACGAAAAAAGGAGAAUAUAAAUAACUAAAUGAAAGCCAUAGCAAAUAAUAUUGAAUUGCGUUUUUUUGUUUUUUUUUUUUUUUUAAUUAAUUAAUAAAAAUAACACUGUAAAUAAUGUAUAAAGAAUAUUGCCAAAAAUCUGUGCAUAGAAAUUAGGUUUUAAGUUUAUUAUUUAUUUAUUUUUGAUUUCAGUUUUAGUAGUAUAGAUUAAUUUCUAGCAAACUUCAAAUAAAUGGAAUGAAUUUUAUUCAAAUAAAUAUUUAUAUGUA